AUCCUAUCCUAAGUAUUAAUAAUAAAUAAUACACUCCGCAUCUACUCAUAAUCGCUACUUCAAAAAAACAAAAACAAAAAAAAAACUUUGAAUUCUCCAUUAUUCUGUCAUUUUUGACUUCCACAGUACCCAUCCUUCGCCGGUAAUUCCACAAAUUCACCGAAUUUUCAUUUUCCGGCCACCGGAAUCAUGCCGGAGCUAAUUCAAGCUAAACAAGUCUACGCGCCGCCGCCCCAGCCGCCGCCGCCGACGAGAACAUUACAAAUUUGGAAAUCGCUAUUAAAUUGGCUCGCUUUCUUCUUCCAGAUCUUUAUCCAGAUCCUUAAAGGAACGCCUUUCGUAACUCAAGUUCUCUCCUAUUUUGGCCUACGUAAUAGUAGUUCUCUUCUCUCUUCUUCUCCGCAGUUUAAACCGUUGCCGGAUGUUGAGCUGCCGGAGGAGGAAGAAUCUCCACCGUCAGCCGUCGCUCUGUCGGCUCUGAAAAUCAACGGCGGAAGUGUACCGAUUAGUGUUGAAGAGGAACGUUUAAAGAGGCUAACGGUGGUACUUGACUUGGAUGAAACUUUAAUUUGUGCAUAUGAGACAUCAAGUUUGCCUGCCACCAUUUGCACCCAGGCAACAGAGGCUGGGUUGAAGUGGUUUGAACUCGAGUGUGUAUCUUCGGAAAAGGAAUAUGAUGGCAAACCGAAAAUCAACUAUGUCACAGUUUUUGAACGUCCUGGGUUACACGAGUUUCUAAAACGACUUAGCGAGUUUGCUGAUCUGGUUUUGUUUACUGCUGGACUUGAAGGAUAUGCAAGACCUGUUGUUGACAAAAUCGACCUGGAAAAUUUGUUUAGCCGUAGACUCUAUCGCCCUUCAACUAUUAGCACGGAAUUCCGGGAACAUGUGAAGGAUCUGUCAUGCAUAUCAGAGGAUUUAUGCCGGAUUGUCAUUGUUGAUAACAACCCAUUUAGUUUCUUGUUACAGCCUUUAAAUGGAAUCCCUUGCAUUCCAUUUUCUCCUGGACAACCCCAUGACGACCAGCUUUUGGAAGUAAUCCUUCCACUUCUCAAGCAUCUAUCUGAGCAGAAGGACGUAAGGCCUGUGCUUCGCGAAAGAUUUCAAAUGCCCGAGUGGUUUCAAAAACAUGGAAUCCCUACUUGUGAAUUCACAAAUGUACGAUGAUCUUUUGUAAGUAAAGAUUUUUGCUAUUCCAAGAGACGGCACACCUAUACUCUAAAUUUGUUGUACAAGGUUAGUACCCUCUUCACCGGAAGAACAAAUUUUUGUAUAGAUUAGUGCAGAGGAGUAGCCAUUUGUGAAGACCCAAAUUUCUAAUCUAUUAGAUUCUUUUGUAACUUUGUUUAUAGCUUCCAUUGUGAGAAGAUAUUCAUGUAUGUGCAAUUGUUGUACGCAGUGAUUUCCAAUAUUUAUAUCUUCCCUCGCCAAAAUUAUGUACAUAUUUGAUGAUUAGUAUCUCUCUCCAGCAAUGGAGAAAGUGUUAAUUUGUUUAAGCCUUCCGAGUUCUUAAAA